CGUCAUAACUGUUCACCGUAAAGAAAUGAAUGUUGCUUCCUUCGGAGAGCUGCAACUGGCGCUAAAAUAGCAACGUUGUCGACCAAACGUGUUGUUACUUUUUAAUUUUGACAUAUGUAAUAAUAAUAAUAAUAACUCUACGAAUUAACAUCUUACUCGGCGGCUUCAAAGUAGACAAGCGCGAAGAAGAAGUCGCACAGGAAUGUUGGCUAUCCUGUUAGCAAGUGUAGCUAGCAAGACCGCUAACAGUAUUUACAUAAAUUAAAAUUAACGUUAGGUUUAGUUUUUUAUUUAAAUUGCAAGACUAGUUUCUGGAUUACCUUCCACAAAUGGAUGAGCACAAGGAGAACCUUCACGCCGAGGACGUCAAUGUGAAGAUGUCUAACCUGAAUAUGAGAGAAGAUGAAAAGGCAAAACCUUGCAGCAGGAUAUGUCCUGCUGGAGAAUCUGAUCCUCAGGUGUCCCCGUCUCAGUCAAACAGUGACUUCAGUCAUCCGGUGUACAAAGAGAUCGCUUUGGCUAAUGGACACAUCAACCGCAUGUCCAAGGAGGAGCUUCGGAUCAAGUUAGCAGAGCUGCGGCUUGACACAAGAGGUGUAAAGGAUGUGAUGAAGAAGAGGUUGAAGAGCCACUAUAAGAAGCAGAAGCUGAUGCAGUCUGCCGCUGAGGGAGGACCGACUGACACCUACUACGACUACAUAUGUGUGGUGGACUUUGAAGCAACGUGUGAGGAGGAUAAUCCUGCAGACUUCCAUCAUGAAAUCAUUGAGUUCCCCAUGGUUCUCAUCAACACGCACACUUUAGAAAUUGUGGACACCUUUCAGGAAUAUGUAAAACCAGAGCUGAACCCACAGCUUUCAGACUUUUGUGUGAAGUUAACAGGGAUAACGCAGAAAAUGGUCGAUGACGCAGACCCGUUUCCUGAAGUUCUUCAGCGGGUCGUAGAUUGGCUUCAGGAGAGGGAGCUCGGGACAAAGUACAAAUACGCCAUCCUCACUGAUGGGGCCUGGGACAUGAGCAAGUUCCUCAACAUCCAGUGCCGGAUCAGCCGGAUCAGAUAUCCUCAUUUUGCAAAGAAGUGGAUUAACAUAAGAAAAUCAUACGGGAACUUCUACAAGGUCCCCCGCACACAGACGAAGCUGAGCACCAUGUUGGAGAAGUUGGGUCUGAAGUAUGAAGGUCGUCCUCACUCUGGGCUGGAUGAUUCACGCAACAUUGCCAAGAUAGCUCUACGCAUGCUACAGGACGGGUGUCAGCUGCGCGUCAACGAACGCAUGCACGCAGGCAAGCUGCUCUCGGUUCCCAGCUCAGCCCCUGUGGAAGGAGCUCCUCCACCACAUACCCCCCGCACCAGGGAGUAGACCCAGAAACUGAGGGUUUGUGCACACAGGAGCCGUCUCGACCCGUUACCCCCAUGAGUUCCAGAAAAAAAAACUAAAAAAAAACAAGAUCCACUAAGCACUUGCACAGUCUUAAAAGUUGUACUUGUUUUGUUUUAGAGCUUAAAAGCUGUAAAGGGUAUUUGAGUUUGACCAAUGAAAAGGGGUCAAUAUUUUAGAUUCAUAUCUGAGGUUUCCUCUCUGACCACCGCUCCGUCUAUUUUUUACAAAAGAUUUCUGAAAACGGAGAUAACUCCAGUGUGUUGUUUGAGGAUUUUUCCACAACAGCGUCAGUGUAGUCUGUUGAACCUCCCUCACCCUGCCUUAACGAGCUGCUAAUAUUCAUCAGACGAUUUGAUUAAAGAUGCCUUUCAGUUGUCACAUUUCAGUAGUUUUGCAGGUUUUGCUCCCAAGAAUACAACUAAGAAAACAAUGUUAAAUUACUGUCGUUCUUGACGUAUUUAAAAAAAAACAACAACAAUAUCAGUGUCAGCAUUGGCGUUUAAAUCCCCAUGUCUGUGUAACCAUUGUGUGAGUAUUGUAAACAAGAAUCCACACAAACGUUGCUGCUAUCGCUGUGCUGUUUGAAGUGCAACAACCAUCAAACUGUUUGACACUUUUCCAGAGUUGAAAGUUUGGAAUCAGUCCUGUGGACUUAAAAUGUCUGUAUUGAGAUCCUAUAG